AUGGCCAAUGGAGCGCUGGAAAAGCAGAGCACGGUCGCCUCCGGGCUGUCGAGGUUGGAGAGUCGCGCGCAGUCUGUAAUUUCGCGCAUCCGCAGCCGCGAGCCUGGUCAAACGGCCCGCUUUACGCAUCCGCUUUCGCAUACCAAAACGUCUCCCGACGUGAUUGUGGAUUUUGACGGGCCGGACGAUCCGUAUCGGCCUAUGAAACUGGACUUUCAGGAAAAAGGCCGUGACAACUGUGUUGUAUGGCUUGACGACAAUGGGCGCCACUUGGGCAAGUUCCAUUACCAUGUCGGCGAGGAGGUUGGCACUCUCGGCACCACUCUACUUCUACUCGGCUUCGGUCUGGGUCCGCUGGUCUGGGCCCCAUUGUCCGAGGUCUACGGCCGCAAACCGGCCGUCUUAGCGCCCUACUUUAUCGCCGCGAUAUUCUCGUUCGGAACCGCAACCGCUAAAGAUAUCCAAACUAUUAUGAUCACUCGUUUCUUCACCGGAUUCUUCGGCUCAGCCCCCGUCACCAACACCGGUGGUGUGCUGGGCGAUAUCUGGUCCGCCGAGGAACGGGGCGCCGCCAUUGUUGGAUACGCCAUGGCUGUCGUGGGCGGGCCAGUCCUGGGGCCCAUUGUUGGUGGCGCCAUUGUACAAAGCUACCUGCGAUGGCGAUGGACAGAAUACAUCACCGGCAUCAUGAUGUUCUUCUUCCUGCUCAUGGACGUCGUGUUCCUCGACGAAAGCUACCCGCCCGUCCUCCUCGUGUACAAAGCGCGGCGCCUGCGGUAUGACACAGGCAACUGGGCCCUGCACGCGAAGCACGAAGAAUGGGACGUCACCUUCAAGGAGCUCGGCAACAAGUACCUCAUCCGCCCCUUCGCCCUCCUCGCCACGCCCAUCUGCUUCCUCGUCGCCCUGUACGCCUCCUUCGUCUACGGCAUCCUCUACCUCAGUCUGGCCUCCUUCCCCGUCGAGUUCCAGGAAGUCCGCGGCUGGAACCCGGUCGUCGGCGCCCUCCCCUUCCUCGCCUACCUCGUCGGCAUCCUCUUCGGCGCCUGCGUCAAUCUCUUCAACCAGAAGUUCUACAUCAAGCGCUUCAAGGCGAACAACAACUUCCCCGUUCCCGAGGCCCGCCUGCCCCCCAUGAUGCUCGGCUCUGUCCUCUUCGCCGCGGGUCUCUUCGUCUUCGGCUGGACCGGCCGCCCGGAUAUUCACUGGAUCGGCCCCAUCAUCGGCGCCGUCUCCAUGGGCUUCGGCUUCUUCACAAUUUUUCAGGCCGCCCUGAACUAUCUCAUCGAUACCUUCCAGAAGGUCGCGGCCAGCGCUGUGGCCGCCAACACUUUCCUCCGCAGCGUUUUCGCCGGGUGCUUCCCGCUGUUCGCGACGAUCAUGUUCCGCAGACUCGGUGUCGACUGGGCCUCGAGUGUGUUGGGGUUCAGUCGCCGUCGCGUUGAUCCCGAUCCCGUACCUGUUCUAUAUCUUCGGGAAGCGGAUCAGAGCGAGAGGGAAGUGGUCGCGCGCUUCUGUUUACGGCUACUGAUUGGGAUUUGCAGAGAGCAUGCUGAAUGUUGCCUGCCUGGAAUGCCCACGAAAAGUUGUCUUUAUCUUUUGGUUUUAUUAUACCCUUUAGCAUAUGCUGGCCAAAUGAUUUGGUUUUAUGAUACCACAUAA